CUGAAACAGAGGUUUUCUUUCUGAACUGCCUCAUGUGAGCUCAGUGUAAGUUAUGUGUGUGUUGUUGAAAACGUGUAAAGUGCAACAGCUGUUGGCUUCAUGUUCAGUUGUUUGUGUCAGAGACAUCCUGGCUAUGCUGACUGCUGCCUGUAACCACUGAACAUCUCCUUCACUGCCUGUAACAACACAUGUGGCUUCAACAGCUAAGAUUUUUAUAUUUUUUAUUUUUAAUGCAGCAAACGCGAGUAUCUGGACUAUGUAAGGAACUAUCAGCUUCACCACGAUGGCAUCCAACAGCUCAGAAUUCUUCUUUGUGGACCAUGUGGUGCUGGGAAGUCCAGCUUCAUCAACUCUGUGGACUCAGCUUUACAAGGCAGAAUGACUGGUCGAGCUACGGGAUAUGCACUGUUCCAGGACAGUUUCACCACAGACUACAGAACUUUCAAAAUCCAAAAAGAGGCAAGAGGGACUUUUUAUCCUUUUGCCCUUUCUGACAUCAUGGGCCUUGAGAGAGAUACAGGCAGAGGAGUUCGUGUGGAAGACAUCAAACUGGCCAUGAAGGGACACGUGAGAGAUGGAUACAAGUUCAAUCCUAAUGCAGCACUAUCCGAUCAAGACAAUGGCUACAACAACAACCCCAGCCCAAAUGACAAAGUCCAUGUUCUGGUUUGUGUGGUUUCUGCCUAUGCAUUAAAUUUGAUUCCUCCUGAAACCAUGACAAAGAUGAGGGAAGUCCAACUUGCAGCUCGUGCUCUACGGAUUCCCCAACUGGCUGUUCUCACCAGAAUCGAUGAAGUGUGUCCAGAAGUCAACAAAGACAUAAAGAACGUGUAUAAGAGCAUAUAUGUGAAGAAACAGGUACGUUUCUAUUAUUGAUUAGAUGA